CACGAGCGGGUCGGCAAAAAAACUGUUUCCGGUCGUAACACAAACAAUCUCUCUGCCCUUUUGUAUCUCCGAUUCCAAUUUUUCCGAUCGCCGACUGCCUAUCCGUUUUCACAAACCGGAAACCGCCGGCGCAAUUUCCACCGCCUAGCUUCAGUUCUUCUCACGCAGUAAGUGUGAUCCACUGCGUGCUCGUGUACAAGCACAUCAUAUGCUUUGGAGAAGUCGAAAAUUCCCAAUUUAUACGAUUCAUUAGCUCGGAUGGAUAAGUACAGAAUGUGAAUUUGAAGUAGGUUUUAGUAUAUGCGAGUUUUGAUCGGUCAGAGAUAAAGAAUGAGAACUCUGUGCGACGUCUGCGAGAGCGCGGCGGCGAUUUUGUUCUGCGCCGCGGAUGAGGCGUCGCUCUGCCGCGCUUGUGAUGAUAAGGUUCAUAUGUGUAACAAGCUUGCUAGUAGGCACGUACGAGUUGGGCUAGCCGAGCCUAGUGAAGUCCCGCGUUGUGACAUAUGUGAGAAUGCGCCUGCUUUCUUUUACUGUGAGGUCGAUGGAACUUCCCUUUGUCUGCAAUGCGAUAUGAUUGUCCACGUUGGUGGCAAAAGAACCCAUGGAAGAUAUCUUUUGCUGAGGCAGAGAGUUGAGUUUCCAGGGGACAAACCUGGAAGUGGGAGCUCGGACGAGCCAGGAUCACAUAGACUGAAUCUUGGUGGAGCCAAGAGAGAACCUUCUCACAAGCCAACUCUUGGAGGAAAUGAGGAUGUUGUAAAUCAUCGUGUUUCUGCUGAUCCAACUCCAGAUAACAACACUGAGAAUGAUGGGAACAUGGAGAAUAUGUUUAUCGACCUCAAUUCCAGACCUCAAAGGAUGCGUGGUCGACCUCCAACGCAUCAGGGACGUCGGGACGGAUUGGGCGACAGCAAUCAUCAGUCUGAAAGUGUCGUUCCAGAUGGAUAUUUGAAAACGGAGCUUGAAAAGUAAUGAAGGACUUUACUUUUUUUCUUUCUUCCAGCACUGACUGUGUUUUGGGUUUUCAUCUGUAUCCAAAAUGCUUGUGUUCUUGCAUAAAGUGCCCUCGUCUGCACUUUGCAGUCGAGAGAUGCAAUGAAGCUGGAGUUUGCUGUUGUAAUAAUCUAAACUAAAGAAGAAAUCUAUUCAUCUCACCUCACUGAAAUGUUUGAUUUAUGCGAAUGAUUCCAUUAAGAUGUAAAAUCCAUAGCAGCAUAAGCUUAUAACAAAAAUGCUUUAUCUUAUUUGAAUUCCUCGAUCAGUCGAUCCACUAAGGUAUUGUAGUGUAAGUAUAAUGAGUGGUUGAAUACGCCAUCAUGUAUUGUCAGACAAGCAUAUUUUCAUAGUGAAAUGCUACUGUCAAUUUUUCUGAUCUUUUUCAUUUUCUUGCAACUAUCUCCAGUUCAGUAAUCCUGCUUGCAGGCAUAUUUAGGCAAUGGAAUGAGACAGCCUAAGGAACAUCUGCCCGUCAACAGUCAGAUUCGAGGAUUUUAUUGUCCACAAUCCUCGCUCCUCCUAGAAUUAUGCAGUCUCUACCAACCAAAGUAGCUCUUGAAGAAAGCUCAUAGAGGAUGAUUAGAGACGAAAGAAAUUUGGAAAAGUCAGCAAUAAAGCUUCAUCAAGAGAUGAAAUUAUCCAGAAUUCAUCUGUAGAGUAUUGUGCAGUCUUGUUGUAUCCGAAGCUCCAAUGGCUUUUCGUGCAGCUUGAAAUGAAGUUGCUUCAACUCUUUUGUUUCUAGUUUUGGUUGCAGAAAUGCUUUGUGGUCAGAUAACAAUAUCAUCGUUUUAGUAUGCUUGAUUUUCUUACAUUAAAUCGUAUAAUCUUACAGAA